AUGUUACAAAAUUCUUCAUAUACUCACUCGAAAAAGACUUAAGAAAAUCUGCUAAUUAAUAAGAGAGGAUUAGUUACAAAAUAAAAUGUCAUUUAAAUUUUGAUUUUUUUGAUUUUGCACUCUCUAGUUGACAUUACCUUAUUAAUUCAGUAUCCUGACUAUUUAGAAUACAUCAUUCCUAAACUAUCUUUUAAUAUUUUUAUGGGAAUCAUAAUAAUAUCAUUUUGGAAAAAACUAACCCAUGUUAUAAUCAAUAUAUUUUUGGUUGUGGUAAAAUUUAACUCAAUCCUAAUUCUUUUGUUGAUUGGAUAAGAUUAUAUAUUAAUAAUAGUAUUAAUAUGUGAACAAAAUAAUUAUUCAGCUAUUUCUGAGCACUUUGAAUACUUAGUUCAAAAGAUCAUAAUAUAAAUCGGAUGUUUUAUUAUAAUGAUCAUUUAAUUUAAUUUUAUGGAUAUUGUUAUAAUUGCAAGUAUUAUAUUAUUAGAUACAUACUAAUUAGGUUUAAUUUUUAAAUAAUAAAAAUAAUUAAAUAAUCAAGAAUUAUUUAGUUUUUCUUAAAAUAAAAUUAAUCAAGAAAUGAUAACUAUUUGUAAUAAAGAAAAUACUUGGAUGAGUAGAAUAUCGACUCUUCCUAUAUUUUUCAUUAUGAUUUCUAAAAAUGAUUUGAAAUUAACCUAUAAAAAUUAAAUUGUUUAUAAACAUUUUUCAACAAUUUGUAAAACUGAAAUAGAAUAUGACAAAUUAAUUCUAAAUUAGUUAGAAUUUUCAAUUAUAUCAGGUAUUAUUCUUAAAACUUAUAAUUUUAGAAUCUCAAGAAGAUCAAAAAAACAUUACUACAGAUUAAAAUAUAAAAAAGAAUAGAUUAAGGAAUAAUCUACCUUCCAAUAAAAGUAAUUAAGAAAAAAAAGAUUUCUCUGAUUAAGAGAGUAUAAAUAUCAAAUUUAAAGAUGCCAACAAAUUAUCUGAUAUUUUAGAAAAUUAUAAAGAAGGUAGAUUAUUAGAUACUAUUAAUUCAACUAAUAAUAUUUUAGAAUUAUUUUGUUAACAUUAAUGGGAAGAUUUCAAAUGUUCUACUUAUAGUGGGUAAAUCAUUUUUAAUUAAGAUGAUGAUGAAAUUAUUUUAACAUUGAUUGACAUAUCAAAACAAAAUAAAUACUUUGAUGAAAUGAUUAAAGACUAAUUUAAAACUUCAGUAAAUAUUUUUAUUUAUUAUUUUAGAUAGCACAAUCUUUUUCACAUGAAUUAAGAACACCUUUAAAUAGUUCAUGUAACUUUUUAUAAUACUGUUUAAAUCAUAAAGGCAUUGAAGAUGAAUUGAAAAUCAACUUCAUUUAACCAGCUAUUAAUGCCUUAAGAUUACAAUCUUAUUUAAUUAAUGAUAUUAUUGAUUUUAGUUCAUUAUGUGCUGAUAAUUUAGAAUUGGAUAUUAAAGAUUUUUUAAUUAUGGAUUUAGUAGAUGAAAUUAAUAAAUUAUUUAAAUCUGUUAUAGAAAUGAAAAAAUUAAUUUUGUAUGUUGAUUUAUUGGAAAAUUAAUUAAAUAGUAUUUCUACAGACUUUUAGAGAUUAGUCUAAAUUAUAGUAAAUGUUCUAUAGAAUUCUAUUAAAUAUUCAAAUUCUGGAUAUAUUUUACUUAAAUUGUCAACAUAUUCAUAGAAUUUCUUAAAGGUUACAGUUAAAGAUGAAGGAUUUGGAAUAGAUUAAGAUAGAUUAAUUAAAAUACAUAAAAUGCUUUUAGAUGUUGAAUAAAAAUAAAACUUUUCUUAAUAUUAAUCUUGGCAUGGAUUUGGUUUACUAAUCUCAUCAAUGUUAUUAUCAAAAUUAUGUCCUGCAGAUUAUAAAUCAUUAUUAAUCAGAUCUGCAGGAUAAGGAUUAGGAACCAAAGUGACAUUCUAUAUUUAGAAUCAUAAAUUAAUUCGGUAAUCAUCAAGUGUUCAUUAUAAAGAUAAACCAAUAAGACUUAACAGUAAACUUAGAUAAAGUAAUCUAUCAGGUUCAUAUCAUCAUUUAUCAUUAAAUGGAACACUUAUUUAAAUUAGUGAUUUAUUUGUUUCUAAUCGAAAAGUUAAUAUUAAUACUCCAUUUGUUAAAAAAGUAACUCUAAAAUCUUUAAAAUCAAAUGAAAAUUCAAUUUUUUCUGAUAGUAUAAUUAACUUAGAUUAAGAUUUAUAAAUAUCUGAAAUGCAUCAUCUAUAACCAUUUUUAUUUUCAGAAACAGGUCAUCAAAGAAUUAAAUUAGCUAAGUAAGAUUUAUCCCCAAAAAGUAAUCAUCCUUAAGCAAAAAUCGUAAGUUAUAAAUAAGUAAAACUUUAAGAAGAACUAGAUAGUGAAUAACAUUUGAAAGCAAUAAUGAAGAAGAAAAAAUGUAAUUGUAAGAGAAUAUUGUCUGUUGAUGAUGAAAUUUUUAAUUAAAAAUCAAUUCAAUUCUUAUUAUCAUAAUAAGGUUUUGAAAUUCUUUUGGUAUUAUUUAAUAUUAUAUUUAAAAGGCAUUUAAUGGGCAAGAAGCUAUUUAGAUAGUUAAAGAUACACCAAAAUGUAACUUAAAUUGUAGUUUAUUUUUAUUAAUUUUAAUGGAUUAUUAAAUGCCAAUAAUGAAUGGAUUAUAAUGUACUAAAUAAUUAAGAUUAAUGAUGGAUUAACAUUAAAUACCAUAAAUUCAUAUUAUUGGAUUAACUGCAUUUAAUAGUAAGAAUGAUAUUAAUAUGUGUUUAAACUCUGGAAUGAGUGAUGUGUUAACUAAACCAUUAAUAAUAAAAGAACUCUUUGAAAUAUUACAACUUAUUUGA